AUGAGUUCUGUGAAAAGACUGAUAAGCCAUUGCUUUUCUAAUCAAGAACAUCACGGACAGGAACAAGUAAUGAGGUUGAUGAGGAGUCUGAUAUUUUUGCUGUCUUUUCAGCUCCUGCAUGUGGCAAAAGGUUCUAUGGUAUGGCUAAAUAAGAAUGGCUAUGAGGAUUUAGUUGUUGCAAUUAAUCCCCAGGUGCCAGAAGAUGCCAACAUCAUCCUGAACACAAUGGACAUGAUUAAAAAUGCUUCUAAUUACUUGUUUGAAAUGACAAAACAUCGAUUUUUCUUCAAGUCUGUAAAAAUUGUAAUUCCUAAAACGUGGAAGAAAAAGAGCAACUAUUUAAGAUUAAAAACAGAAUCAUACGAUAAGGCAGAUGUCAUCAUAGCAGACUCUUAUAUUAAACAUGCAGAUGAUCCUUACACCUUACAGUAUGGAGGAUGUAAGGAGAAAGGACAGUACAUCCAUUUCACACCUAACUUCAUUUUAAAUGACAACUUGACUGAAGUUUAUGGAGAAAAAGGUAGAGUUUUUGUCCAUGAAUGGGCUCACUAUCGGUGGGGGGUGUUCGAUGAAUAUAGUAGUGACAUGCCUUUUUAUGUGUCUAGAAAUUCUGGAGAAGCAAGUGUUGAAGCAACAAGCUGUCCACCUGGUGUGACCGGUACACCUAUUUUCCAAGACUGCAACAGAGACAAGUGUGAGCCAAGAAGAUGUAGAUAUGAUGGUCAGCUAUAUGAAAAAGGAUGUAUAUUUAUUCCAGAUAUACAACAAAAUAUCUCAUGGUCUGUUAUGUAUUCGCAAUACAUACCUUCUGUGGUCGAAUUUUGUGACAAAACCACUCACAAUAGUGAGGCUCCAAAUAUGCAGAAUAAGAUGUGCAACCACAAAAGCACAUGGGAAGUAAUUAUGGAAUCUGAUGACUUCUGCAACUCGGCUGUUGUAAAUACUUCUGCACCCCCCUCGGAGACGACCUUCAUGCUACUGCAGACCCAAGACAGGGCAGUCGCUUUAGUACUGGAUGUUUCUGGAAGCAUGUCAAUGUACAACCGCAUCAGACACCUCCGUAGUGCUGCAGGAGUAUUUCUGCUCCAUAUUAUUGAAAUUGGUUCCUGGGUUGGAAUUGUCACAUUUGACUCUGAUGCAUCUGAAAAAGCUCCUUUGCAACAAAUAACCAGUGAGGCAGCACGCCAAAAACUUGUUCAAUGUUUGCCUACAAUUGCUAAUGGACAAACUAAUAUCUGUGCAGGCAUACAUAAAGGACUUAAGUUAAUUGCAGAUAAAAUGUAUACUACAAAUGGUUCAGAAAUUGUGUUACUGACAGAUGGAGAGGACCCAGGUAUGGCAGCUUGCCUUGAUGUGGUGAAACAAACUGGGGCAAAAAUUCACACCAUUGCACUGGGGCCAUUGGCAGCAAAAGAAUUAGAAGAAUUUUCAAAACUAACAGGAGGUUUAAGGCUUUAUAGUGUAGAUGGAGUUGUCCCCAGUAAAUUAAUUGAGGCAUUCAGUGCAAUUACAUCAGGAAGUGGAGACUUUUCUGAACAAUCCAUUCAGCUUGAAAGCAAAGAGCUAGUUGUUCUGCAUUCUGAAUGGAUGAAUACUACUGUGCCUGUUGACAAAACUGUAGGAAAUGACACUUUCUUCAGCAUUGCAUGGAGUCUAUCUCAGCCAUUUUUCUUCCUGAGGGACCCCAAAGGAAAAGAAUAUGGAAUCUCAGACUUUACAAUCGAUGAUUCAAACCCAAACACAGCUAGACUCAGUAUAAGUGGCACUGCAGAGGUGGGUGAUUGGCAGUUUUGUAUUAAAAAUAUUCAUACAGCAACUCAAGUUAUAUCAGUAACAGCUGCCUCUCGACCAGCACAUUCUGACAUUCCUCCUGUGAGCAUCACAGCUUACAUGAACAGGGCAAAUAGAGCAUUUAAUCCAGUUGUCGUUUAUGCAGAGGUUAGCCAAGGGUUUGUGCCUGUUCUUGGUGCAACUGUGAUAGCCACCAUAGAGAAGGAUGGUGCUGCAGCAGUAACCCUUGAACUUCUUGAUAAUGGUGCAGGUGCUGACACGAUGAAGAAUGAUGGCAUCUACUCAAGGUACUUUACUUCUUUACAAGGCACUGGAAGAUACAGUCUAAAAGUGAAUGCCCAUGGGAGAAAUACAACCACCAGACUUCGCCUCAAGCAAAAUCAAGCCUUCUAUAUACCAGGCUACAGAGAAAAUGGUAAAAUUUAUAUGAAUGCACCAAGACGCAAAUUUUCUGAUAAAGCAAUCCAAGUCAACCUGGGAAGUUUUAACAGAAUUUCAACAAGUUCUCUUGUAGUGAAUACAGAAGGAGAUUCUUCUAUUUAUCCACCCUGUAAAGUUACAGACCUUCAUGCUCGUUUAGAAAACAAAACAAUAGUCUUGUCUUGGACAGCUCCAGGAGGUGACUUUGACAAUGGAAAAGCUGAUCACUACAUAAUAAAAAGCAGUGAAAAUCUUCUGGACCUAAGAAAUAACUUUGAUCAUGCCACUUCCGUGAAUUGCUCUAAUCUCAUACCUAAGGAGGCUGGUAGAGAAGAAUUUCUUAAAAUUAAACCAGAAAAUUUCAUAACAGAAAAUGACACCAUAAUCUACUUUGCUAUACGUGCUGUUGAUGAUACCAGCUUGAUUUCAGAGGUGUCUAAUAUAGCACAAGCCACAUGGUUCAUUCCUCCAAAAGCUUCUGUGCCUUUAGAUUAUGAUGACAACAAUAAUGGUGCUAACAGUCCAGUAAUAGUAGCAAUAGUAGCUGUGUGUGUAGUAGUAGUCUGUACUAUUGUAAAUUUAACUCUGUGUGUUUUACAAAAACAAAAGAGAAGACUGGAUAUUGAAACAAUGCAAAAGCAUGUGUAAAAUAA